UUUUGUGAGAUUGAGGCAAAAAAAAAAAAAGUGGGAAGCCUCGGCUGAGUGUUGAAGGUUGCGAGGAUGAGUUCGUUGGCUGCGAAUUCAGAAUCCUGUUGAAAUGUUGAAACAAAGGCCACAUUCAAUCAUUUCUACAGUUCCAAAUUGACACAUGACUUAAGAUGAUCCACACAAUGUGCUGAAAAAAAUGAUUUAAAAAAAUUACAAAUCAAACGUUUAGAUUUUAUAACCCAUCCAAUAAGCUAUUACAGGCCUGGUGAGACUAUGAGCCUAUCAGAAGUGAGGCUGUAGGGAAAAAACAGUAAAGACAGCGUUCACAGCUACAGAUGGGAGAGCAUGUUGUCUAAGAUGUACAUAUAGAGCUACUGUGCAGUAUUAGUGAUUUUUACCUCGGGGCAGGAUAGUCUAUAGUUAGCGUGGAUGUGUCAUUUUGUCUGUUUCAAGAGCUCUGAAGGGAGACUGCGCUGAGCGUGUUUGUCUUUUCCGGCACUUCACUGAGCGCACUGAAGAGUCUUUCCUCCACACAAAGGCGCAGGGCGUUUGGGAAGCACGGUGGGGCAGCUAAACGUUUGAAGACGCGAAGCAAAAAGGUCAAAAUGUUUAUAUUAUUUCUGAAAAGGGAGGCGCUGAGAUCUCCUUUACGCCCGAUUGGCCGAACUUGACAGUGAUUGACGUGCAUCCAUGGCAACCGGGCAGCCAAUCUGCCAAGUCCAAUAGGAAAUCAUCGGAGGGGGCUUGACUGUCUUUUUCUCCCCCCCUUAAAAAUACAUCUCAGCUCCGGCUUUAAUUCUUUCCUACACUCAAUCCCCAGCCUUCCUUGAAAAAUACAUCGCCGCUUCGUUUUUAAUUUUUUGGUCUUGCACCUUCAGCCCUUUGCCUGCCAAGUUUGCCCAGCCCGAGGAUGCGGUAGCCAGGCCCCCUCCGCGCACCAUCGUCCCUCCUCCGCGGCGCUCGGCGUGUGUGCGCUUUUCUCACCACUGGUCAGACGAUUGGUUCGGUAACUUUGGGAUUUGCCUUGUUUUUUCGGGUGUCUUGGAUUGCCUUGGCGCACGGAGCGAAGAAGCGGAGGACCAGACGCGGAGGAGAGGGGAGAGAGAGAGAGAGAGAGCGAGGAGAGAGAAAGGAGGGGGAGAGGGGAAACACAGGAGAAGCCUCCAUGUUUCAGCUGCCCAUCUUGAAUUUCAGCCCCCAGCAGGUCGCCGGGGUCUGCGAGACUCUGGAGGAGAGCGGGGACGUCGAGCGCCUGGGCCGCUUCCUCUGGUCGCUGCCCGUCGCGCCGGCGGCCUGCGAGGUCCUCAACAAGAACGAGUCGGUGCUGAGGGCCCGCGCCGUCGUCGCCUUCCACACCGGCAAUUUCCGUGAACUCUACCACAUCCUAGAGAACCACAAGUUCACCAAAGAGUCGCACACGAAGCUGCAGGCGCUGUGGCUCGAAGCGCACUACCAGGAGGCCGAGAAGCUGCGGGGCCGCCCGCUGGGGCCGGUGGACAAAUACAGGGUGAGGAAGAAGUUUCCCCUUCCCAGAACCAUCUGGGAUGGAGAGCAGAAAACCCACUGCUUCAAGGAGAGAACCCGGCACUUGCUAAGAGAAUGGUAUUUGCAGGAUCCCUACCCAAAUCCCAGUAAAAAGAGGGAGCUUGCACAGGCUACUGGACUUACACCCACACAAGUAGGAAACUGGUUCAAAAAUCGCAGACAAAGAGACAGAGCGGCGGCUGCGAAGAACAGGCUCCAGCAGCAGGUCCUGUCCGGCGGCUCGGUUCGCUCUCUGGCGGACGAGGACGGCACCGUAGACCGCCUGGGGAACUCGUCCAGUCCGGAGGCCAGUCUGUCCAGCAAAGCAGCCGCCUCGGCCAUCUCCAUCACCUCCAGCGACAGUGAAUGUGACAUCUGACGGGCAGAACGAAGGGUGUUAAUGAAUUGAAGGAGAUACGAGUGAAAGACAAUCUAAUAAAACAAGUCAUAGUGCCUGCGUUGAGUUUUAAAAAAAAAUACAGCAACAAAAACACACACACAAACUGAUAUUUGCCGGCUGCCAAAACAUGAGGAUGAUCUGUGAUCCGCGGCGGACUGCAUCCUUAUCCUUCUUAGGCCUGUACUUUUUUUGUUUUGCGUUUUGCCCACGUGUGGAUAACAGAACUUAAUACGGACGAAACACAUUUCACGGACUAAUAAUCCAACGCUACGAGAUGAAACGUUUAAAAAAAGAAGAAAAAUAAAAACAAACCAGAAAAAAGGAAAAAGGGAUGAGGGCAUCCAAACGCGCCUAACCUGCUGUUCUCUGUGGGUAUUUCAUGUUGAAAAAGAACUGUGAUAUUUUUACUUUACUUUCAAAGUUUUAUAAAUAAUGUUUAUUUGCCUAUUUAAAAACGAUCUGCUCUGUCUCUUCGAAUUUCAUAUUCAUUUGCUUGGUGUUUUUAAUACUUACCUUGUACACAGGUAAACCUGUUGAGCAUGCGCGCUUUAGUGAAAAUGUGUUUCAGUAAAAGGAAAAAAAACAGUAAAGAUAACUUAAUAAAAUAAUUGUUGAUGAA